UGGCCUUUAUCACUGUCAACAAUGGCCCUACAGGCCUUGCAGGCUUGAGCCCCUGGGGACCCAGAGGCAGACAUGCAGACCCUACGGCGGGAGGCAGCCCGGCCCUUCGUCCCCCGGGGGACCCUCGAAGCCGACUUCCCAGCACCGCUGUCCAGUGAGGACUACCUGUCCCUGGAGGGGCCCCGCUGGGCACCGGCCAUCAAGCAGGCAACACGCUGGAAGUACACACCCCUGGGACGUGACGCGGCCGGCCAGCUGUGGUACACCGGCCUAACCAACUCGGACUCCCACGAGGCCUGGUACACGCUCCCGCGGGCCCCGGACAGCCCGUACCGGGAGGCCUAUGCCCGCUGGCACGGAUGUCACAGGCACCGGGAGCGAAGCAUGCCCUCGGCCUAUACCCAGUGCCUCCGGGAGACCGCUUGGCAUGACCCCAUCAUCCCUGCCCAGUACAGGGCCCCCAGCACGCAGUGGGGGAGCAUGCUCUGGAAAGACAGGCCCAUCCGGGGCAAGGAAUACGGUGAGGAGGGGGUGGGGGCAGCCGGAGGGAGCUGGGCCACCUGGGCUGGGGUUCACACGGCCCAGGGGACAGGAGGUGACCUGGGUCCUGGCCCCAUAGUGCUCAACAGACACCGGUACGGGGUGGAGCCACCGGGGCCGGCCUCUGACUACGUGCCGUACCUGUCGGUGCCUCAGCGCCCGCGCUACACCACCCAGAACUACCGGCAGUGGGACCUGGAGCCUUACUGCCCCUCCACCAACCAGCGGCCCCCGCCCAUCUACACACCCAUCCACUGAUAAAGUUCAUGCUGCCUGAUGCCACCCUCUACAGGGACCCCAGCGCCUCUAGCCCUCCCCAGCCCACUCCUGUGUAUCUGCUCCCUGGGGACUGGGGUGUGGGGAGGACUGGGGUGUGGUGGGGUCCAGCGGCAGCCAGAUAAAGGGAGCUACUAACCAA